GUGAUUACCCUUUUUCUUCUACUUCAAUUGUGAGAAAGAGAUCAACAAAUGGAGACGAAUAGCGAAGAGAAGCUAAGUGUCAUCGAACUACUAAAACGAGCUCUUAAGCUACUCUUUGGUAACAUCAAUCUCUUGCUCUUCCUAUGCCUCUGCUCUCUCCCACUGUUUUUUUUCUUGAUCUUCUUUGAGCUCUCCCUCCAAACCACCGUCUAUCUCACUUCCCAAUUCCUCUGGAAACUACUCAUUCUGGGAGAAGACUUGCCGGAAAAUGAUCUGAUUCUCAUAUCAGAGAAAAAGAAUGAUCUGAUUUCAUGGCUGAUCCAGACAUUUCUGCUCUACUUCUUCCCCUACACCAUUCUUGACCUUCUUACCACCACCACGAUCGUUGCAGCAUCUUCGAUUGUUUACACAUCCAAGGAAGAGCCGUUAGGGCUGCUUUAUUUGGUAGAGAGAUCUAUCAAAAUAUGUCAGAACAGAGUAGGAGGUUGUCUGAUCACAUCUCUCUAUGUCCUCCUUUGGUCAACCUCAGUUUUUCUUUUCUUUUUCUUGUUCUUUUUUCUUCAGUUUCUCUCUGGUUCAACCAACUACGUAUCCAUUCCUUAUCUCUCACGCGAAUACAAAGGGUUCCACUACCAACCAACGGGUCUAUUCAACGUGGUAGUGCCUCUGACUCUUCUGAUGCAAUGUACUCUAUUUAUAGUUCUGACUGCAAAGUAUAGUAAGUGGAGCUCCGGAUGGAACAUGGGUUUGGUUGUUUCGGUCUUGGAAGAAGACGAAGAUGGUCAAGGCAUCUACGGAGGAGAUGCUCUGUCUCUUUCAGGUUGGUAUAGAAAAGGACAUGAGAAGCGUGACCUCUGGUUGAUGUUAAUGUUCUUGGUCUUCGGUCUUGCGACAAGGAUGCCAUGUUUAUACUCCAAAUGCAGUGCGAGUGGAAAUGGAGUGAUGUACACUGGCUUCUAUGUAGGCUUGAUUUGUGUUGGCAAUUUACUUAAAUGGGUGACUUGUCUUGCCUGUUACCAUGAUUGUAAAACUAUGGUUUUGAGAAAAAAGCGUGAUGUAGAACAAGCUAAAACUCCUGCUGCUUAAGAGACUUUGGCUGAGAUCAAUUCAAAGUGUGAAUCUUUAUAAU